AUGGGUGUUACUCAGAUCAAGACCGUUGAGGAAUUCAACACCCUUGUCAAGGACACCAAGGAGCCUGUCAUUGUCGACUACUUCGCCACCUGGUGCGGCCCCUGCAAGGCCAUCUCCCCCCUUAUCGAGAAGCUGAGCGAGCAGCACACCGGCAUCAAGUUCUACAAGAUCGACGUCGACGAGCUCAACGAGCUCGCUGCCGAGAACGGCAUCUCUGCCAUGCCCACCUUCCAGUUCUACAAGGGCGGUGAGGUCAUCAACACUGUUCAGGGCGCUGACCAGCGUCGAAUUAUGGAGGCCGUCGCUACCAUCGCCGCAUAA